GACAAAAAUAUCAAAAAUCUCCCAUUUCAAACCCUUAAAAUCGCUUUAAAGAAUGUUUGACAGGGACAGAGAUCUCGACAAGACCAUCUUCGUGGGAAACAUCCACAGCUGUGUGACGGAGGAGAUUCUGUUUGAGUUGUUUCUGCAGGCUGGGCCAGUAGACAAGGUGCAUAUAUUCAGAGAUGGACAUCAGGCACCUUAUGGAUGUGUUUAUUAUAAGCAUGCUGAAGCUGUUCCGUAUGCAGUUGAACUUCUCAAUGGAAUCUGGCUCUAUGGGCAGCCAAUCAAGUUACAAAGUAGAAUUGGUGGCCUUUAUCACAGAAAUCACAUGCUUGCUUACCACAUGGAGAAUGGACUGAUAGCAAACAGUGCUGAUGCCGUGCACCAGGAUAAUAUGGUUUUGAAUUUAAAUGGCAGUCCAGGUGUGGAGAACCGCUCUAAUGAAGCAUGUGGCUGGAGUGACAUGGUAUACAGCAGACCUCUGGAUGUGUGUCCUCCAGUUGUGUGGUACUGUCCACCCCUCCAGCAGUGGAUGAACUCUGGAUACCCUCCUUGGACGUCCUGUCUGGAUGAGAAUCUGUUACUCCAUAGGUCAGCCAGCACUAGAGAAGGUUGUGCAAAUGUAAGUUUAGAGGGUAAACGCAGGAAAUAAUGAGAUCCUAAGAGCAAGAACGAGUGUAAAUCUUAUUUUACAGGCUCAGUUUAAAUAUAAAAUCCAGAUAAACGUUUCAUUUUCAGAAACAACUGUACAGUGGACACUGUACAAGCAUCCUGACACCCCUUGCACAAAAAAAAUGCACUAUAUAUUCCUGUGAGCGCUUUUGGUUGCACUGAUUCAGACUGUAAGCUGUAAAUCAUUCAUGUGAAUGCUCUGAUAAAGCCAUCUAAAUGCACCUUACUGUUUUUUGAAACAUUAAAGCACAAAUAUGAUGAUCUAAAA